GGCUAGAUCUUCAAAUUGGAUUAGAUUAUUAGCCAAUCAGCGCGCUAGGAGGAAGGCGGUGCGACGAGUAAACGUUCUCGGUUUGAUACCGAACCAGUUGUGAAACGAUGAGUUUGUUUUUGCCCAAAUUAUCGUGCAAGAAAGAUUUAGAUGAAGUCAUUAAAACCGUCGCUGAGAAAGUGCUGGUGUUGCGUUUUGGACGAGAUGAAGACCCUGUGUGCAUGCAGCUGGACGAAAUCCUGUCUAAAACCUCCCAUAACUUGAGUAAUAUGACUUCUAUUUAUCUCGUGGAUGUGGACAAAGUGCCAGUUUACACCCGAUACUUUGACAUAAGUUAUAUUCCUUCAACUGUCUUCUUCUUCAAUGGGCAGCACAUGAAGGUGGAUUAUGGAUCUCCAGAUCAUACGAAGUUUGUCGGCUGUUUUAAAACAAAGCAGGACUUCGUCGAUCUUGUUGAGGUGAUCUAUCGUGGUGCCAUGAGAGGAAAACUGAUCGUGCACAGCCCUAUCGAUCCACGAAAUAUUCCUAAAUAUGAUCUGCUCUACCAUGGGAUUUAGCUGUGAAUAAUUUCACCACAGAUUUAGGGACUGUGUUUCUGAAAUAUACGUUAAAUUACAAUGGAUAUGAAUCUUUGUAGUUGUUUCCUAUGGAAAUGCAUUUUAGAUUAGUGUUUUUUUUUUUUUAGAGUCAUCAUUCCUACAUUUAGUUGUUUUCAAAUGUGUGAAUGAUACUGUACCCUUUUGCUGUUUGACAAAAUGUAAAGAAUUAGCAUUUGUAUACUUAAUAUAAAAUCCAAUGAAUAGUUUGGAUGUUGUACAUGAAGUUGUUCAAUAAACUAAUUUCCACCAAAUAUUA